AUGAAAAAAUCUACAUCAAAGGGAGAGUCUAGUACCCCUCAGGUCAGAGCCGAUCCUAAAAUGAAGGAUAGAGUCUUUGAUAAAAUUGCUCAGAGAUUAACAGCUAGUGUAAGAUCUGUAUCGGCAGUUCCUGAGAAAAAGUAUGGUAUUGAAAGAAUGAAGGCACUGGGUGCCACUGCUUUUGAAGAAACAAGUAGAGCAAUGGUGGAGAGUGAUAGAUUCGUGAAGAAAUGGAUAAGAAGAGAUUAUGGAAAACUUGGACAUUAUAGGAAGGGAUGUCCUCAGUUGAUUUCAGGGGCACAGACUGAGCAAAAAGCAACAUCCCAAGUAGUGAUGCAGCCUAAGGUAACCAUACAAAAUAAGUAUUUGUUUCCUCGUAUUGAUGACUUGUUUGAUCGGCUGAAUGAAGCAUCAGUAUUUUCAAAGAUUGAUCUAAGAUCAAGUUACCACCAGUUGAAGGUUAGGGAGUCUGAUAUCCCUAAGACAACAUUUCGAACUAGGUAUAGGCUUUAUGAGUUUCUGGUUAUGCCAUUUGGUUUAACUAAUGCUCCAGCAGUGUUUAUGGAUUUAAUGAACAUGAUAUUUCAUGCAUACUUGGAUAAGUUUGUGAUUGUUUUAGAUGAUAUCCUGGUAAAGGAUGCUAAAUUUGAAUGGGUAGAUGACUGUGAGCAAAGUGUUGAAGAUUUGAAGCGAAGAUUGGUAACUGCGCCAAUCUUAACUCUUAUAGUGCCAGGAAAAGAGUUCAAGAUUUACUGCGACAUAUCUAGACAGGGAUUGGGAUGUGUGUUGAUGCAAGGUGGUAAAGUUAUAGCUUAA